AUGAAAUUUGAACUUUUACCAAACGAAAUUUUAUUGUUAUGUUUUCAAUAUCUCAAUAUAUUGGAUAUAUUUUGUUCAUUUGAUCAAUUAAAUAAACGAUUUUCAAAACUUAUUCGAACUAUUCAAUUUCAACUCAAUUUUGAAAAUGUAAAAAAAACAAUAUUUGAUAAAUUUUGUAUAAAAAUGAAAUUAAAUCCUGAAAUUCAAAAACAAAUUUAUUCAUUAAAAUUAUCAAAUGAAGAUACAUGUGGUCAAAUUGAUGCAUUUUUAUCAAUAUUUUCACUUAAUGAAUUUUCUUCUCUUCAAUCAUUAACAUUAUCUGAAAUUGAAAAAGAAAAUAUUGAAAAAUUGAAAAUAACAUUACCAUUAACUUCCUUUCAUAUGAUUUGUGAUAAGCUUCAAGAUAAUGAAAUAUUCGAUAUUCUUCCAAUGUUCAAUCUUCGAACAUUAUCAAUAUCAUCAUUACAUUCGAUUGAGAAAUGCAUUAAUGAUACUUCAAAUAUUACAAAUUUAACAAUUCAAGAUUGUUCUUUAGAACAUUUAUUAUAUCAUAUGUUCAAAUAUUUUCCUAUGUUAAAAUAUCUAAAUGUUAAAUAUAUCACUCGAAGAAAUCGUCCAAUAGAGAGUGAUAAUAAUGAUUCAAUGUUUAAUACACAUAAUGGUAUUCAUUUAAAGCAACUGAUUAUUGGACUAUUGGAGUAUGAUUUUGAUGAAUUUGAAGUAUUUAUAAAACUGAUACCUAAUUUAAGAAUUUUAAUAAUAAAUACAGAAGGUGAUAUAAAUAUGAUGAAUGCUUGUCAAUGGAAAAAUUUAAUUCAAUCUUCAUUACCUUAUUUAAACAUUUUCAAAUUCAACUUCGGUUGUUAUCAUAAUGAUAAUGAUGAAACUAUUUUGAAAAAGUUUAAACAUUUUCAAGAUGAUUUUUGGUGUAAACAACAUCAAUGGUAUACAGAAUAUUCAUGUGAAAAGUAUAAAGCAUGUAUUUAUACAAUACCUUAUCUAAGUACAGGUUAUAUAUUAGAAAUGAAUACUCAACGAUUUCCUAAUAAAUUAAUUAAUCAUUUGAAUACAUUUGAUAAGGUAACAUAUCUAGGUUUAUAUGAUUCAAAUCUAACAGAUAAAUGUCAAGAUUAUUUUUCAAAUGUUGAAUCAUUAAUAUUAUUUACUUCAUACAUUGUUCAAUAUCAAUUUGAUAUUUCUUAUUUAAAAAUGAUUGUUAAUUUAUCACAUAUAAAACAUUUAAAUAUGUCUAUGUAUGAGAGAAUUAUAUCAUCAAGAGAAUUCUUAGAAAUAUUAAAAGAAUCACCAAAAUUAUCAACGAUUACAAUUAAUUCAAUAAAUUUAAAUUUACUAUUGUAUGAUGAUGAAUUAUGUAAGUAUUUGAAUAAAAUGAUUACAAAAUUAAAUAUCUGUAAAGAAUUAACUUUGCGUUUCAAUAUUCCUAAUACAUUGGAGAAUUUUAAAUCUUCGUUUAAUAAUUCUAAAGAAUUAAAAAAUUUUUGUAAAAUUUUUUCAAAUAUUGAACAUCUUGAAUGUUAUAUUAUGAAACCAAAUCAUGUAUUAUUUUUAUUAAAUCAUUUAUCAAAAUUAUCAACUAUGAAAAUUCAUUUACCACCAUUAGAUAAUUACGAUUAUUUUUUAAAUUUAUUUAAACAAGAAUCAUCUAGAUUAAACUUUAUAUUUCGUGUCAAGAAUAUUAAUGUAAAGACUCCAGAAGUAUCUAUGUGGAUUGGUAAAAAUAUGACUCAGUCAAACAAGUGGUCAUUUUUACGUAUUUUUACGAAUAAAAAGGCGAACUUUUUACGCUAA